AUGAUCGAUUCUAUAACGUCCAUCACUCCCUAUGUUUAUGUUGGCGGUGAAUUAGCUGCUCGAACUCUAUCGAAUAUCUAUUCGAAUGAUAUUCGUUGUAUAAUUAAUGUUGCUCGAGAAAUUCCACACGUUCAAUAUCCUCCACAUAUUGAAUCAAUUAAAAUUAAUAUUGAUGAUAUGUCCACAUAUUAUAUUAAAAAAUAUUUUGAUAAAAUUGCUGAUAAAAUUUAUCAAAAUGAAAUAGUUAAUAAACGAAAAACAUUAAUUCAUUGUCAAGCGGGUAUUUCUCGAAGUGUAACAUGUAUUAUUGCUUAUUUAAUGAAAUAUAAAAAUAUGUCACUCAUUCAAGCUUAUAAUUAUGUUAAAUAUAAACGACAAGCAGCCAAACCAAAUCAAGGUUUUUGGAAACAAUUACAAAAAUAUGAAAAUGAAUUGGCACAAAUAAAUGAUAAAAAAAAAGCUGAAAAAUAUAAAAAAAACCCAAAGAGAAUGAUAGAAUAU